GCCGGCUCCUUGUUGCAGAAGGCAAGCGCGACGUCCAUUCCCUGCGAGCCCUGUGGCAGCUGCCAACCUACACGGUACCUGACAGGGUCAUCAUCGUCAUCGCAGCGCACCUGCCCCCGUGUCCAGCCGGAAGCAAGAACGCGUAUCACAUUAUUGCAAGAAACUUCUGGCUUGCAUACCAUACGCCACAUGUGAUCAUAGUGCAGCUUCACCCAUCUCCAUGCGAGAACUGGACCGAACCACAUGUUUGGAUACAUUAUCCUUACAGACAGAAGAACCCCAUGCUGCGAGUACCAGCAUUGCAGUUCAGAGCUGUGGAGACGCUGGCAACAACGCGCCGCUAUUGGAACCUGGAAGGUGCACACAUUCCCUCCAUCAUGUACCCCACAUACCCAUCUGCCAUGCCUGUGGGCCGUCGUGUAACUGAUACCAAGUCAUGUGAUGGUGCUCGUUCAGGCAUUGUCAUGCUCUAUCCCAACAGUGCACGCAUUUUCAAGUAUGAGCGAGGCAGUGACCACUUUCUCAGGCUUAUGCUGGAGGAGCGACUGAAUUCACAUGUGGUGGCACGAUACCCUAAGGAUGUCCACUUUGUAGAGGGAGAGGAACUACCAAAUGGAAAGCUGACUGGUGCUUUGGCAGAUAUGGCUUCAGGGCUGGCCCAGCUGGGACUCAAUUUGCGGAUUGUACGAACACUUCCCACCCCUGAGAUCUUGUAUCUGCAGCCCAUACAUGAAUUCAGUCACGUGGGCAUAGCUGUGGCUCGAGCACCACUUGCACCACUCCAUGUGGCCAUUAUGCGAAGCUUUGACUUAAAGGUAUGGUUCUCUGUUGCUGGCUGCUAUAUCUUAUCUGCAGUUGUCUGGUCACUACUAACAACCAGAAUCCAUUAUGAAAGUGUUCUACAAGAGAUACAGAAAUUUAUACUUAUUGGCUGUGGAAAUUCAGCACAAUCUUCAUCACAGAAAUUCUUUGCCUCAGCAUGCGCUAUUUUUUCUCUCAUUAUUGUUACCAUCUUUCAGUUGGCUGCAGAAGGCUCACCAGUAAUGACUGAAUUGUGUAAGCACAUGAAAACAGUUGACAAGCACUACCUAUCAGAACCAGUAUUUGAGAGGAAACAAGCACUAAUAAUCAGCGAUGCUGGCUUUGAUCAACUCACAAAUCACUACCCAACAGAUGCAAAGCUUCUACAUAUGGUAAAAGACACAUUCAUUGUUCUCCAACGUGCAUAUACAGCUCAUGUUGAAUGUCCUGUAAAAGAACAGGUGGAGAAGAUACUUUGGUACCUAACAGAAUCUGGAAUACGAAAUCACUGGGACAAACAAGCAUCAAGAGCUGAAUUUACACACUGUUCUCUGCCUGAAGAAACUCCAAAGCCAUUCAGUCUUAAGCAGUUUAAAAUUGCUUUCUAUACUCUCUGCCUUGGCCUCUUAUUCAGCAGUAUUGUAUUUCUAUUAGAGGUAACCAACUACAAAAGAUGUCAAAAAGUUUGUACCUUACAGUAAAAGCCAUGGUGGCUCUGUAAAUAUAAAAUGGCAUCCAAGUGCAAAUAAAAGAUUUCGUGGUAUGGCGAUAAAAUAAAUUAUACAACACAAGAAAUAAAAAUAAUUUUAUGUUACCCACACACCAUUUGAAAUUAUAUGCACGAACUCCAUAGUAUAUGGGGAUGACAAUAUAUAACAAACUAAUGGGCAAAAAUAUAUUUAAUAUGAAGCCAGAGAGUCUAAAAAUAAGGCUACAGCAGAUUCUGUGGGAGAAAUGCUACUAUUCAGUAGAAGAAUUCAUAGAGGAUGACAUGAUAAUUUCAGU